AUGCCCGAUCCGAAACUUCAGUCCUACAUAGCAGCACAUUACCUCUCUGGUCCCAAAGCCGACGCUAUCCUUGCGCGUGCCUCGUCCUCCGAUAUCAAGGUGAAACGCAAGAAGAAGAAGGUAAAGACGGACGACGCCUCAAGAGUUUCUUCGUCGUCAGGGCUUGUGUUUAAGGAUGACUCCGAUACGUGGAAGACGCCAGCAGAGGAUGACGAAGACGACGGUGGGUUGACACCGCAAGUGGUCGAUGGAGCGGAUGGACAGAGUCUGAACAAGACGUUCCGCAAGAUCGGAUCAGCAAGCCAUGGGGCGAAGGAAGCCGGAACGUCGGAUACGGCAUCAAUGAGCACCCCAACUCCAGCACCUACAUCCGUCGAAGAGCCAACCGAAUUCAAAGCGGGGUUGCGGACCAGAGACGAGAUGAAAGCAGCACGACUUGCACGAGAGGAACGAAAGAAACGCGAAGCAGCUUCUCUCUCCGUCGAUGUUUCUAUGGCUUCAUCGACCCCGGCGGCCAACGAUGACGAUGACCAAGAAGCGCGCUUAGCCCAGCAAACUGUCUAUCGAGACUCUUCCGGACGCAUAAUCGACCUGAACGCACAACAAGCCGAACAAGAACGACUCGAACGCUUGCGUCUAGAAAAACAAGCCGAACGAAACACCUGGUCUCAAGGUCUAGUGCAGAAGCAACAGCGUCAGCAAGCAGCCGCCCAGCUCGCCGCCGUGCAACAGCAAGGUAUCGCCCGCAGGGCAACCGACAACGAGUACAACGAGUAUUUCAAGCAACAACAACGUGUAGAUGAUCCGGCCAUGGCAUUCUUGACCAAGAAACGAAGCGCAGGCCCGUCCAUGCCGAAAUACAAGGGCGGAUGGCCACCGAACAGAUUCAACAUCCCCCCUGGUUAUCGCUGGGACGGCGUGGACAGAGGCAAUGGCUACGAAAAGGCAUUUUUCGAGAGAAAGGCUCAACUCGAGACCAGAGAGCUGCAGGCACGAGCGUGGGGUCAGUCAGAUAUGUAA